AAUCCCUGUCCCCGAGAGGCAGCCCCAGCCAGGCUGAGGGGGCAGAGCGUGCCGGGGCCAGGGUUCCCGCUGGAUCCUAGGCUCGCGUGCAGCCAUGGCCCCGCUGGACGCUCCGCGGCAGAGGCCAGCCCAGCAGGGGGACGAGGAGGAGGAGGAGGGUGAAGAGGAGGAAGAGGAAGAGGAGGAAGUGGAGGAGCAGUGCGCGGAGGAGGCGGGAAAGAGGGCCAGGGUGGCCUCGGUGUCGUGCGCGGCCUGCCGGGCCGUCCUGCGUCACCCCGUCACCCUCCACUGUGGCCAUCAAUUCUGUCGUUCCUGCCUCAGCCGCCGGUGGAAGGGACGGGGCCGCCGCCACUCUUCCUGCCCCCAGUGCCGCCUCCACAAGCGCAAGACCCCAUCUUCGCCGCACCCCGAGGCCCGACCCAAGCGGGCCUGCGUCGCCGCCGUCAACGAGGACGCCGACGAGGCCACGGGGGAGGACUGGGAGGACGAGGCGGCGGCGGCCACCUCCACGGCACCCGAGCGGGAGCCCCGGGAACGACUAGCCGAGAGAGGGGAGGGCUCCCCGGCGAGGGGCCGGGACACCCCCGGCGGAGGAGAGAGACGGUCCAGGAGCCCCGCGGGGCGAAGGGCGAGCCCGACCUGGGACCAGAUGCCCCCCGACUGCCCCGAGGACCUUCCCUCGGCUGCCGCGGCCUCCACCACCGUCCAGGGAGGGGAAUGCGGCCCGUGUCCCCGGCACCAAGAGACCUUGCAGCUCUUCUGCCAAGAUGACCAGGAGCCACUGUGUGUCCUGUGCCACCUCUCGCCAGAGCACCACGGCCACCGCGUGGUGUCUCUGGGCGAGGCCGGGGACCUGGUCUGGGCCCGGCUCCAGGCCGCCGCGGAGGGGCUGCGGGGGCGGCGGGUGGCCCUGGAGCAGGAGGGCGGCCGGAGGGAGCAGCGGGCUGAGACCCUGGCCCGCCAGGCGGAGAUCCGGCGGCAGAAGCUGGCGGCCGAGCUGGAAGACCUGAGCCAGUUCCUGCGGGAGGCUGGCCGCCGCCUCCUGGAGCCCCUGCAGGCCGCCGAGCACGAGGCGCGCGAGGCGGCCCGCCUGCAGGCCCGCUGCCUGUCCGCCCAGGCGCUCCGGCUCGAUCGCCUCCUGGCUGACGUCGACGCCUGGCAGAGCCUCCCGGCCACCCGGCUGCUGGCCGACCAGGUGGCCCGGGCGGGGCUGCGGCGAGCCGAGGUGGAGGCUCGGCGGGGGCCUGCGGCGGCGGGGGGCGGCCAGCCGCUGGAGCGGGCCCUGGGCGCCCUGGCCCGCAAGCAGGCCGUGCUGCGCGAGGCCGCCUGGGCCUUCCGCCAGCGCCUGGAGACGGAGCAGGAGCGCAAGGAAGGGCCGCCGCUCCGCUUCCUGCUGGCCAGCGCCCACCCCAGCCUGACCGUGGAGGACGACGGCCGCGGCCUGCGGCGGGUCGGGGAGAAGCCCCCGUCCCCCCUGCCGGCCCCCCCCGAGGCUGGCCGCUUCACCGAAUGCCCCUGCGUGCUGGGGGACACGGCCUUCUCCAGCGGGACCCACUACUGGGAGGUGGACGUGAGCGGCGCGGCCGUGUGGGCGGCUGGCGUGGCCCAGGAGGCCGUGAGGCGGUGCGGGGAGCUGCGCCUCAGCCCUUCCGAGGGCGUCUGGGCCCUGAGGAUGAAUCGUGGCCAGUGCUGGGCGGCUUCUGGGACCCCCGACACGCUCACAGUCCCCCUGAGGCACCCGCCCCAACGCCUGGCCGUGUUCCUCGACGUAGAGGCAGGGCUGUUGGGCUUCUCGGAUGCCGAGACGGCGGCCCCCCUGCAUGACUACACCGGGGCCGGCUGGGCCACACCUUUGCGUGCCUUCUUCUGGUUGUGGGACGUCGGCGGGGAGCUGAAGCUGGGACCCUAGUCAGGGUCCCGACCGGGCAGUCUCACGGGAGGCGGGCGGGAAAAGAUAAACAGGCGAGCUCUGGUA